ACAAGAAAUUGUUGCCACGCUUCUGUGCGGUAACUGUCGGUACAUACGAAAGAGAACGUACAAGUUGAUAUUGUUAAGAUAAAAACAGAAAAGACAUCAUAUGGCACCUGCUUCGGUUUAUUGUGAUUCGAUUGAAGAUAUGGAGAAUAAAACAGAGAAGAAUGUGAAGGUGAAGUAGAAGAGACUAUUGUACAAGCACAAGGUUCAAAAGAAAAUGAAAAUGAAAACGUGGGAGAACCAUCUAGCGCUCCCAAGGAAGAAAUUAAGGAAUCGAAAAAAACACCUGAAGUCCCAGACUGCUGGCAAGAUGUACUUGGUAAUUGCCAGUUGAUGAAGAAAAUUAUAAAAGAAGGAAAAGAAUGGACCAAACCAGUAAGAGGCGAUAUAUGUACAGUAAAUAUCACAGGUCGUUUUGAGAAUUCACAGAUAACAGUAGAGGAACAUACCAAUCUUGAGAUAAUUGUAGGAGAUGGUGAUAUAGUACAGGGCUUAGACCUGGUGAUUGUAUUGAUGAAUAUAGGGGAAGUGGCUGACGUUAUCGUUGAACCUAGAUUUGCUUAUGGCCUAUCAGGAACCAAAGAUAUACCUGCAGGCACUCCUCUUGUAUACACCGUCGAAUUGUUAACAGCAAGGAGCUUUGAUAUUACGCAGUUCAAUUACUCUCAAAGAAAAGAGCUAGCCCAGAAGAAGCGCUUACGUGGGAACUGGUGGUACGAUCGAAAAGAACUGUAUGCUGCGCUAGAAUGUUACAAAAGGGUACUAGUUCUUACUUCAAUGGAAGAGUUACUAGAUGCAGAAGUGACCCAGAAUAAUAAAGAGGAAAUGUUAAAACUCUCUUUAGUAGUGCGUAACAAUAUGGCAAUGACACAGAUAAGAUUAGGACUGAUUGAUGCUGCUUUAGAGAAUUUAAAUUGUGUUUUACACCAUGAACCAAACAACGUGAAGGCUUUACACAGGAAAGCAAAACUAUUGGCGGAUAAAGGAGAGUGUAAAGAGGCCCAUAAUAUUCUUCUUGAAUUACAAAACUUGGUUCCUCACAUGAAAAUUCUGCAGGUUGAAAUAUCAGCAUUGGCAGACACAAUAGUGGCAAAUGCUAAGAAAGAAAAGAGUUUAUAUCGCAGAAUGUUAGGUAUUAGCGGAAAUGCCAAUUCCAAUAGUGUGCUGAGCAAGAAGAAAGAAGAUAAAAAUGGAAUUAAUAAGAAAAUGUUGUGGAGUGUAGUUGGAGGAGCAUCUGCUGUUAUCUUUAGCAUAAUCGUACACAAGUUCGUUUUAUAAGGAAAAAAAAAAGAACAAAACAUGCCCGUAAUGAAUUAUUUAAGAAUUUAAGAUUUUACAUUGAAACUUGUUCAGCAAAAUAAGACAGCCUACACGUGUGUUCUUCACAAGUAAAGUAUUAUGUGUUUUGAUUUUUAAAUAUUUUUGACAAGAAAGACAAUAUAUAAUUUUAUACA